UCAUAAGUGGAUUAGUCCAUUUAGUAUCAAUAGAGUAAUUUGCAGAUACAAGUAUGAAUAAUGUAGUUGUCUAUAGUUGAAAAUUUACAGUUUCAAGUUUUUGAUGUCGAAUAUUGAAAAUCUAUGUUCCAUACCAAACCCACUUGGUAUUCCUUUCUUGAUUGAUUAGGAGAAAAAACGAGAUGAGAGAGAGAGGUAGAGCGAGAACGAGAGAAGGCGACCGAUGGGCACGGGCUAGGAAGACGGCACAGAGUAUAGAGAAUGGUAGAUCUCAGCAGAGAAAUCGUCAGAGCAGGAGGUUACCAGAUCAGAAAAGGGAGAAGCAGUAUGAGCAGAAUCAGGUGUUUGAAAGGAAGAUAGGAGACUCUUACGACUGGGGAUUAUACAAACAAGCGACACCUUAUUUUUUCACAAACUUCCCAGAAAAAUGGACAUAUGAAGACAUGUGGAGAACGUUUCUGAAAUUCGGGAGGGUAUAUGCUAUUUACAGUCCAAAGAGAAGAAGCAGAAAUGGUGGCAGGUUUGGCUUUGUCAGAUUUCUUGAUGUGAAGAACAGAAAAGAGCUGGAAAGAAAAUUAGAUAAUAUCUGGAUUGGAGAUUGCAAACUGUGGGUUAAUGCUCCAAGAUACGAAGACAAUCAGCAAGUAGGGAAGGAAAUAAAAUCCAGACCCAUUCCGGAGCCACAAGCUCAAACCAGGAGCUAUGCAGAAGUCUUGAAAGUGCAACUCUCGACCAGGCAAGUUUGGCAAGAGAAAGGAAGGAGUGAUACCUGGGCUGGGUUUGAAUACAACUCGAGUCAAGAGGAUUCUUCAUGGCUGGAGGGUUGUUAUGUGGGCACAACUCAUUCAGUUGAAAUGGUUAGGAACCUGCAAGAAAAAUUCUACAUGGAAGGGUAUUUCUCCUGUAGAAUUCGAGCGAUGGGGGGUAGACUAGUUCUAAUGGACUGUGAGGAUAAGGAUGAGCUGAAAGACCUGGUAGAAUCAGCAUCAGAGUGGUUGGGCCAAUGGUUCGAGAAGGUGUGCCCUUGGACCCCAAAUCUGGUAGCGGAAGAAAGAUUCGUUUGGAUUAAAUGUCAAGGCGUACCGUUAAACGUAUGGGGGCCUAAAUUCUUUGCUUCGAUGGGGAGCUCAUGGGGCAAGUUCAUUUGUCUUGAUGAUAGCACAAGUCAAAGGAGGAGAUUUGACAUAGCUAGAUUUUUAAUUUCGACUCCAAUUAUGAACAACAUUUCAGUGACGAGACAAAUCAAAAUCGACGGAUCCGUUUACAAACUCAAGUUCACAGAGGAGGAAUUCACCAAUAGUUUCUUCUCUUUGAAACAGGAUUUUAUCCCCCACUUUAGUAGUGAUUCAGAGGAACAAGAAACAUGGUCGCUGGUUAGUGAGAAGGAGGACAGUGUUAGCAAAGGUGCAGGGGAGGAAGAACAGGGGAAGGAUGAUGCAGCCGAGAAAGAGGAAGAUGAUGAUGACGUGGUUUGCAGUAGAGGGGAGACGUACGAAUCGGUUCUUCGAAACGGUCUGCAGCAGGAGGAGGGGACCGUUGAGAAAGUGGCGAACAGCAUGGAGCAGUUUCAAAUUUUAAACAAAAGGAAAAUCAGUUUAAGCGAAGAAAAGGGGACGCAGCAGGCGGGAAAUAGAGAUAAGGUCGGGCAGCAGGCCAAAGCUGGAAGCAAAAGUUUGGGUUUUCAAAAGGGACCUAAGUUGGGCCUUUCUGGGAAGCCCAACACACAAAAGGACAGCCCAUGCUAUGUGGAUUCCUCAAGUGCGGGUUUGGGUAUUAAUGAAGGGUAUGCAAAGUCAAAAUCAGACAGUGAAAUGGAGAAUUCGAGAGAAAGGAAAGCUGCCCUUUCUUGCAGCGAAGAUGAUCAGAAGCAAGAAGAUAAAGGAGAUCUCAACGGGCAGGAGCGCGCAAGUGCAAGUGAUCAGGUGCAGAUCUGCAUGCAAAGAAGCAAGGAGGGUGUCAUUCAAAGAAAGAAGAAGAUUCGCCUGUGCAGUACGGUCUACCUCAAGGCCAGAAAAACAGGGGAAAGAAUCCAGAGUGGGAAUCGGCGUGAAAGGAAAAAGAAGAAAGUAGAGAAGGGACAGGGGGUGCCGAAAUUCAUGGUGAGCCCAGAGGGAGAGGUCGCGGGUGAAUCGGUUGGCGACAGCGGGAUCGAAAAUUGCAACCGAGCUUUGAGGAAGCAGUUGCAAAUUCAGUUGGCAAAAGAUAUAUGGGAUUUAGCCAAAACUCUAGGCGCCACAGCAGAAAAUGAAGAGGAGAUCCUGCAGAAAAUUGAAGAAAUGGAGGGCAGAGAUAGACAAGGCAAAGAAGAUUUGGUGAAGAGAGGGGCAGUAGGCGCUAAGACGGUAGAAGUGAUUGAGGGGAAACACUUCACGGGGGUGUUUGGGUUGUGGGGGGAGGAUCAGUCGCCUAUUCACAUCUUAAAUAUAUACUCUCCAUGCCAUCUUCAAGGAAAAAGAGUACUAUGGGAGGAGUUGGGUAAGCUGAUCACCAGUAAAAGAGGCAAUUGGAUUUUGGGGGGGGAUUUCAACGCAGCAAAAUCAAUAGGGGAUAGAGCAGGUUGCAGUGGGAUAACCAGGGAGAUGAGGGAGUUUGAUAGCUUUAUACAUGUCACAGGGCUGGUUGAUUUACCAUUGGUGGGUAGAAAAUAUACCUGGCACAGUGCAAAUGGUCAGCAUAGGAGCAGAAUAGAUAGGUUUUUGGUUUCGGAAGAAUGCCUGCAAAAGUGGAAUGACUUAAAACAGUGGGGACUGGGAAGAACAGUUUCAGAUCAUUGUCCACUUCUUUUGAAAAAUGAAAAGAUAGAUUGGGGUCCAAAACCUUUUAAGUUUUUUGAUGCUUGGUUGGAACAUUCUGAUUGCAAGGAAGUAAUUAGCAAAGUGUGGAAAUCUAUAGAGGUGAGGGGGUGGAAGGGGUUCAGACUUAAGGAAAAGCUGAGAGAAACUAAAAAAGCUCUGAAGAAAUGGAGUGCUAAUCACACAGAUGAUGUUGACAGAAAAAUAAUUGAAGCAGAAAGGGUCAUAGCUGAAUUGGAUGAAAAAGAAGAGCAUAGCCAACUCUCAGAAGUAGACAUUGAGAAAAGAAGGAAUGGAUUCUUGGACCUUUGGAAGAACAUGAAGAUUCAAGAGAGCAUGUGGCAGCAAAAAUCCAGGAAGAUGUGGCUAAAAGAGGGGGAUGCAAACUCAAAGUUUUUUCAUAGAAGUGUGAAGGGCAGAUGGAGAAGAAACGAAAUUAACAGCAUUCAGAUAAAGGGUGAUCAAUAUAGAGGUGUAAAUGAGAUCAAGGAAGGUGUGAUGAAUUAUUUCAAGGGGUUAUUCUCGGAAGAAGAGUGGCAGCGACCAAAGCUAGACGGCGUCAGCUUCAAACAGAUAGACAAAGCUGACAAUGACUUUUUGAUAGCCACUUUCUCAGAAGAGGAUAUUAAAAACGCAGUGUGGGAUUGUGACUCAUCUAAGUCCCCUGGGCCGGAUGGCUUCAAUUUCAAGUUUAUAAAGGCAAUGUGGGAGGAAAUAAAACAGGACGUCAUAGGCUUCGUGCAGGAAUUCCACGAGCAUGGCAAGCUGGUCAGAGGCUCUAACUCCUCCUUCAUCGCCCUGAUCCCUAAGGUUGAAAACCCCUAUAGAAUUGAAGACUACAGACCUAUUUCACUCAUUGGAGUCAUGUACAAGAUCCUAGCUAAGCUACUAGCAAACCGCCUCAGGAAAGUUCUCGACAAGAUCAUCGGGGAGCAGCAUAUGGCAUUCAUAGAAGGUAGACAGAUGAUGGACGGAGUGGUGAUUGCAAACGAGGUGAUCGCAAACGAGGUGAUCGAUGAGGCUAAAAGGAAGAGGAAGAAGAGUUUUCUCUUCAAAGUUGAUUUCGAAAAAGCAUACGACAAAGUUAGCUGGGAUUUUAUUGAUUAUAUGCUUAUGAGAAUGGGUUUUACAGUCACUUGGAGAAAGUGGAUAAAGGAGUGCUUACAAACAAGUAUGAUUUCGAUCCUAGUGAACGGAAGCCCAACACAGCAAUUCCCGGUGAGCAAAGGAAUAAGACAAGGAGACCCGCUCUCCCCGUUCCUAUUUCUAUUAGUAGCAGAAGGGCUUAAUGGUUUAAUGCAGUCUGCCAAUGAGAAAAACUUGUACAGAGGAGUAAGGAUCGAAAAUGGGAACCUGUUAGUAUCUCACCUCCAAUUCGCAGAUGACACUCUGUUUUUUGGAGAGGCUUCGGAGGAAAACAUACAAGCAAUAAAAAGUAUCAUGAGGACCUUCGAACUGGCGUCGGGACUGAAAAUCAAUUUUGGCAAGAGUCAGAUAAUGGGGGUCAGGACUGAGGAGGGCUGGAAAGAGAGGAUGGCUUAUAGACUGUGUUGCAAGGCGGGAGAUCUUCCUUUUAAGUAUUUAGGUACUCCAGUUGGAGGGAAUCACAGAAGAAUAGCAUUGUGGCAACCACUGGUGAACUCCUUUAAAAAGAAACUUGCUAGCUGGAAAGGGCGAAACUUAUCUUUGGGAGGCCGUAUCACUCUCUUAAACUCUGUGCUGUCUAGCCUUCCAGUGUACCUGAUGUUAGCCUACAAAAUCCCUAAAGGUAUUCUCUUCUCUUUAGAUAAAAUACGCAGAAAUUUUUUAUGGGGAGGGAUGGGGGAGAGGAAAAAAAUCAAUUGGGUCAAUUGGGAGAAGGUUUGCAGGAGAAAGGAGAAUGGUGGUCUAGGAGUGAAGGACUUGAGGAAAUUCAAUAUGGCGUUGUUAGGUAAAUGGUGGGGGAGGUUAGCAAAGGGGGAAGAUGGGCUAUGGAGCAAAGUGAUAUCUAGUAAGUACGGAGAGAAUGGAGGGCAUUGGCUGGAUUGGGUAAGGGAUAGGAGUGGUGGUGGUUCAUUAUGGUGGAGAGACAUCCAAAAUUUAAAUGCUGGAGAUGGGGGGAAUGCAGGAUGGCUUACGGAGGGCUUUAGGAUUAAGGUAGGUGAGGGGAAAAGAGUGAGCUUCUGGUGGGAUGAGUGGUGUGGGGAGAUUUGCUUGGCUAAUAAAUGUCCUAGAUUGUACAUCUUGUCCACAGGCAAAGACAAAGAAUGCUUUCAAAUGGGAAGGGCUCUCAAUGGGACAUGGAGAUGGAACUUGACAUGGAGAAGAACCCUGCAUCAGUGGGAAGAAGAGACUGCAAAAGAACUUCAAAACAUGAUCGAGAAAGAGGAGGAGGAAAGGAAUUGUGUUCUGUGUGAAGAGGAAGAGGAGGAUUCCAGCCACCUAUUCUUGAAAUGCAAAAUUGUCAAAUGGCUAUGGAAAGCUUGCGCAAUCUGGUGGGGCAUCAAGGAAAGCUCAAAAGCACCGGGUCCGGACGGCUUCAAUUUUAAAUUCAUCAAGAGUGAAUGGGAGACAAUCAGAGGUGAUGUUACUGAAUUUCUGCAUGAGUUUCAGAAGAAUGGCAAAAUUGUGAAGGGUCUAAAUACGUCAUUCAUAGUUCUUGUGCCAAAAGUAGAGAAUCCUCAGAAAAUUGAAGAGUAUAGACCAAUUUCACUGAUAGGGGGUAUUUACAAAAUCCUUGCAAAGUUACUUGCUAACAGUCUUAAGAAGGUACUAGCGGGAAUAGUUGGUGAACAGCAAAUGGCAUUUUUAAGCGGUCGACAAUUAAUGGAUAGGGUUGUAAUAGCAAAUGAGGUCAUUGAUGAAAUAAAAAAGAAAAGGAAGGAAGCGUUUUUGUUUAAGAUCGACUUUGAGAAAGCUUAUGACAAGGUCAGCUGGAGAUUUUUGGAUUUCAUGUUGCAAAAGACGGGUUUUUCCAAUACUUGGAGGAAAUGGAUUAUGGAGUGCCUAAGGUCAAGUAUGGUGUUGGUUUUGGUCAAUGGCAGCCCUACCAGACAAUUCUCUAUGUCCAGAGGUCUCCGACAAGGGGAUCCAUUAUCCCCAUUCUUAUUUCUAAUUAUUGCAGAAGGGAUUAAUGGGCUGGUUUCGAAGGCUGUUGAGAAAGGUUUACUUGAAGGAGUUGAAGUGGGAGGAAAAGGCUUCAAGAUCACACAUCUCCAAUAUGCAGAUGACACUCUGUUGUUCGGCACAGCUACUGAAGGAAAUGUUUGGACUAUGAAGAGCAUCUUGAGGACUUUUGAGCUGGUAUCGGGGUUAAAGAUAAACUUUAACAAAAGUCAGCUCAUUGGGGUUGGAGUAAAGGAGGAGUGGCUAGAAAAAAUGGCAUGGAUUUUGUGUUGCAAAAAAGGGUUCUUGCCUUUUAAGUAUUUGGGGAUACCCAUUGGGGGGAGGAGUGGGAAGCUUUCAUUCUGGAAACCAGUGCUGGAGGGAGUGAAUAGAAAACUUUCCACAUGGAAUGGGAGAUUCUUAUCUCUAGGAGGAAGGAUCACCCUCAUUAACUCAGUGCUGUCCAGUCUACCUGUGUUUUGGAUGUCCGUGUACAUGAUCUCGAAAGGUACGAUUCUAUUUCUUGAUAAAAUUCGUAGGAGUUUUUUAUGGGGAGGUGUUGAGGGAGGAAAGAAAAUAAAUUGGGUUAGGUGGGACAAAGUUUGUAGGGACAAAGAGCAAGGGGGGUUAGGUGUGAAGGAUUUAAGGAAGUUUAAUCUAGCUUUGCUUGGAAAGUGGUGGGGGAGAUUGGUUAACGAGGAGGAUGGAUUAUGGAAAAAAGUAAUAUUGCAGAAAUAUGGUAGGGUCGGGGAACCUAGAUACAAUUGGUUGAGGGAGGGUUAUGGUUCUGGGUCUAGAUGGUGGAGGGAUAUUUGUAGGUUGAAUGUCAUAGACCAGGAGAAUGAUGGCUGGUUAGCAAAAGGGCUGAAUAUUAAAAUAGGAGAAGGGGAGAGUGUAAAAUUCUGGUGGGACGAAUGGUGUGGGAGAGGUAUUUUGGCUAACAAAUAUCCUAGACUCUACUUAAUAUCUGUAGGUAAAGACAAUACAGUGUCACAGAUGGGAUGGUGGCUCAAUGGCAGCUGGAUAUGGAAACUGCAGUGGAGGAGAAGGCUAUAUAGCUGGGAAGUCCAAGAAGAAACAGAGAUUUUAAAGGAAAUUCAAGAAACUACCCUCACGAAAGGAAAAUCAGAUGUAAGACAGUGGAUACAUAGUAACAACGGAGUAUACACAACAAGAUCUGCGUACAAGGCACUCACAAUGGAGCUAGAGCGGGAACAACUAGGUGAGACCCUUCAAAAAGUUUGGAAUGCAAUGGUGCCAAGUAAGGUUUCAGCAUUUUCUUGGCAACUUCUGCAGGAUAAAAUCCCUACAAAGGCAAAUCUUUUCAAAAGAGGUAUAAUUCAAAACAUGGAGGACUGCAAAUGUGAACUUUGUGGGCACCAAUUGGAGGAAACUAGCCAUUUAUUCACGCACUGCAAAGUGGCAUAUGAUUUGUGGAAUGCCUGCUUCAGGUGGUGGGGAAUUAGAACAGCGCUGGACAGAGAUGGGUGCAAGGUAUUCCAACAGCAUCCUUCGGCUCUCAAAGUGGCAGGAUUAAAAGAGGGAUGGAGAUGCAUAUGGUUUGUAGUUGUGUGGUCAUUGUGGUUGGCAAGAAACGACUGCAUAUUUAACGGAAAAGAAGCGGACAAAGGCAGGUUGCUGGAACUGGUUCAAUUAAGGUCCUUCAGCUGGUUGAAAGGCAGAAAGAAAGGUUGUCUUUUUCCUUUAUCCGACUGGAUCCAGGAUCCGGCUUCCUGCUUAAGAGGGGCUGCAGCAAAUAACGGCAAAAAAGGGUGACAAUAUCUGGGAAUACUUCCUUGUAUUCCGUCUAAUAAAAUUUUAUUUUGUUG